GCGAUGGCGGCGGAGCGGGGCAUGGAGCUGGUGCGGGAGCUGCACCGCGCCGCCGGCGGGCACCUGCCGCCCUUCCGGACGGAGGAGCUGCGGCAGGCGCUGGAGGAGAUGCGGGCGCUGUACGAGCGGAACCAGGCGGAUGUGUCCGAAGCGAAGGCGGGACGGACGGACCUGAUUUUCCUCAUCCGGUUCCGGCACUGCUGCUUGCUCCGGAACCAGCGCUGUCUCCUGGCCUACCUGUAUGACCGGCUGCUACGGAUCCGAGCACUGAGGUGGGAGUAUGGCAGCGUUCUGCCCAACACCAUCCAGUUCCACAUGUCAGCUGAGGAAGUGGAGUGGUUCAAUCGGUACAAAAAGUCUCUGGCUACCUACAUGAGGUCAGUAGGAGGAGAGGAGGGGCUGGACCUCACACAGGACAUCAAACCUCCUAAAAGCCUGUACAUUGAAGUGAGGUGUUUAAGAGACCAUGGGGAGUUUGAGAUCGAUGACGGCACUACCAUCCUGUUGAAGAAGAACAGCCAGGUACCUGUGGCAGGGGUGUGGUCUGUUCUCUUCCUUCCCUUUCACUCCCAUGACAUCCCCCUGGCCUUGCAGCAUGUCCCAGUCCCUGCACACACAGCUCCUUGUGUUGUCUGCAUGGUCCAGAGUGCAGCUCUGCCCAAUCUGGUACCUUGAGGCACUGGAUGUACAGCACAACAAACAGAGCUGGUUGUGUGCAGCAACAAAUCCAACAAAUCCAUGGAGGCUUUUUCUGUGUUUCUGUGCAGCACUUUUUACCCCGCUGGAAAUGUGAGCAGCUGAUCAGACAAGGAAUCCUGGAGCACGUUCUGUCCUAAGUGUGCAGGACAGGAGGGACAGCU